AUGGACGUGCAAGUCUUUAUCGGCCUGCUUAUUGGCCUGGCGACGAUGAUUGUUAUUUGGUUCCUGCGUCAGCAAAGCUACUGGCGCCGUCGCGGCAUACCGCACAGCAAGCCGAUGAUGCUGGCAUCGUUGACGACGAAACAUUUCACGCAGAUAUUGCGCGAGACGUACCAGCAAUUUAAGGGCACCGGACCUUUUUUUGGAUUCUUCCUACUCGCCACCAAUACGGCGCUCGUAACCGACUUGGAAUUGGUGAAGAAAGUGCUUGUUAAGGACUUUAACCACUUUUCUGAUCGCGGGCUUUACAACAAUGCUCACGAUGAUCCCCUCUCAGCGAAUAUGUUUUUCGCAGAAACUGAGCAAUGGAAGCGUUUGCGCACAAAAGUGACACCCACCUUCACAUCGGGUAAAAUGAAGAAUAUGUUUCAUAUGGUGACUGCGGUGGGGGAGCGGCUUAUGUCUACAGUGAGUGCAUGGAUUGGGGACGGUGAUCCGCAAGGGCUGGGAAAACUGAUGGAUGUAACGGAUUUGAGUGGACGCUACACCACCGAUGCAAUCGGAACUUGUGCCUUUGGACUAGAGUGCAACAGUUUGAGUGCCGAAACUCCAGAAUUCGUGCUGGUCACGAACACUUUCACCCAUCACCGUCGUCACAACAAAGUGGUUGAAGGUCUAAUUUUCAGUUUUCCGAAAGUCGCACGCUUUCUGCGUAUGCGCAUUAUGCCACAGCACGUGCAUGACUUCUACAUAAAACUGGUGCAGGACACGCUUGAGUACCGCAAACGUACGGCCUUGCGACGAAACGACUUUCUGGACUUACUUAUCGAUAUGAUGGAGUGCGAGGAUGCAGACGGCAAUCGCGUUGAGGGUCUGAGUGUGAACGAAAUCGCGGCGCAGACUUUCGUCGUAUUUCUAGCCGGUUUUGAGACCUCGGCAAUUACAAUGAGCUUUGCGCUAUACCUGCUGGCACAGCACGUGGACGUGCAAGAGCAUUUGAGACAGGAGAUCAAUGAGGUGCUCGCGUCAAACGACGAUCGAAUCACUUACGACGUCAUUAACCAAAUGGGCUAUCUACAGCAAGUAAUAUUUGAAACGCUUCGUAUGUACCCCAUCGUGCCAAAUCUUAUGCGAAAGGCACAGUCGCACUACGACACCGGCGACCCAAAAUACUACAUUGAGAAGGGCACAAUGAUCAUUAUACCCACAAUUGCCAUACACUACGACCCCGAAUAUUACCCAGAUCCUGAACGUUUCGACCCAGCUCGCUUUACAGCCGAAGAAAUACAACGAAGACCUACAUGCAGUUGGCUGCCCUUCGGCGAAGGUCCACGCAAUUGUAUUGGCAUGCGAUUCGGCAGAAUGCAAACCAGCAUUGGACUUAUUUAUCUUAUACGCAAUUUUAGAUUUAGCACUGCCGCCGAGACGGAAAUACCAUGCCCGAUGGAGAAGUCAUCUUUUGUCGUUUCACCACAGAAUGGUAUAAAAUUGAGAGUGGACAGGGUAGAGGACGCCAAGCCGAUCGAGCGGUUCUUCGCUCUUGCGAUCAUCUGGUCACACUGCUCCCGACCACUCUCUGCCCACUCUCUGCCAACUCUUAUCAACACUCCAUCACAAACAAUAGCAAUACUUCACAUCGCCGCUGAGCUAUCGAAACCAGCACUGGUGAGCUCUUACCUACUCCCAAAUUCAGUUACUUACCGACCUUCGUACAAGCCGGUUAAACGGUCUGUCUAUUGGUCAAAUCUAAAAAUCAUAUUCUGGCACGCACACUCACACACAGCUGCUAUGUUGGCUUACUAUUUGAUAAUAGCGCUCUAUGCGAUCUUAACGCUAUUCAUGAUGGUUGUUGGUAUGCUACGUUCGCGUAUGCUCUAUUGGCGCCGGCGCGGUAUACCACACGAUCAGCCGGCUUUUAUAAUUGGAAAUCUGAAAGGUUUUACGAUCACGCGCCAACUCGCCGAAAUAUUACUUGAAACAUACAAUAAGUAUAAAGGCGGUGAGGGUCCCUUUUGUGGCUUUUAUUUGCUUGUCAAACCCAUCGCACUUGUGACGGAUUUGGACUUGGCACGUAAUGUGCUCAUAAGGGAUUUUCAUAAGUUCGACGAUCGCGGUUUAUUCCACAACAAACGAGAUGACGCAAUUUCGGAGAAUCUUUGGAACUUGGAACCAGCAGAGUGGCGCGCAUUACGCAAAAAACUUUCACCCAUCUUUGCAAGCGCCAAGAUGCAGCUCAUCUUCCCAAUCGUAGCGAAUGUAGGCGAGCAGCUAACACGAACUUUUUCCAACCUACAAAGCGUUGACGCCGAACAAGAUAUGUACGAGUUGUUUCAGCGUUAUACAACGGACGCCAUUGCCAGCUGCAUAUUUGGAGUGGAGUGUAAUAGUCUCAGUAGUCCGGAUACGGAGUUCCGUGCGUUUACGUCACACGUGUCUUCGAAAUCUCGCCACAAUAACUUUGUGCAUGCGCUGAUGCAGUGUUUGCCCAGACAAGCACAACGAUGGCGAAUGAGACAGACGACGGACGAAGUGCACAACUUUUACUCCCACUGGGUAGGCAAGACGAUUCUGCAACGCGAGGAGCAGAACAUUAAGCGCAAUGACCUCAUGCAGGCGCUUAUCGAGUUGAAGAAUGCGAAACAAGAGGAAACUCGGCUCAGCAUCACGGAAAUUGUUGCGAAUUCCGCAUUAUUCUUCAGCGCCAGUUAUGAGACCACUUCUGUGACAAUGACCUUCGCGCUUUACGAGUUGGCCGCCAAUCAGCAUGUGCAAACCAAGUUGAGAAAGGAAAUUGAGGAGGUGUUAACGAAACAUGGCAAUGAGGUGAGCUAUGAAUCACUGGCCGAAAUGAAGUACCUGGAUAUGGUAAUCGCAGAAACUCUGCGGAAAUAUCCAAUCUAUCCGUAUCUCGAACGCGUUGCAAACGAGGAUUAUGAAACCGGAAAACCAGGAUUUAUAAUAUACAGCGGCACCAAAGUUCUCAUACCGGUCGAUGCUAUACAACACGAUCCGGCUAUAUACCCGCAACCGGCGAAAUUCAUGCCGGAGCGUUUCGAUACGGAAAACCUACGUCAACAGCAUCCGGUUGCUUGGCUGCCCUUCGGCGAGGGACCACGUAACUGUAUUGGCAUGCGUCUUGGUCACUUGCUCAUCCGUAUUGCGCUCGUGUCACUGCUCAAAACGCACAAAUUUGCGACAUGCUCUCGUACUGCCUCAACGUUGGCCUACGAAGGAGCAAGUCUGCUACUGAAGCCCAAGAGCGAUGUGUACUUACGCGCAGAGAAACUUUAAUGCGUGAAAGCUCGUUGUUUGGGAGAGUCGAAGCAAAGAAAGUUGUAGUUAAAUUAUUUCAGAUAACGAUAAAAAUAGUUCAACUUAGGUUUUAAAAAUAGUUUUAAUUCAAGAAAAGUUACCAGUUUGUUAUUGUAUAAAUAUGUAUGUAUGUAUGUAUAUUUCUUUCUCUUAAAUAAAAAAGAAAUCAUUUUGGAAGUAUU